AUGCCCGCUUACUUCUAUCACCUUAGCUUGCAAUUCCUCUCCCAAAGCUUAUCCGACGCGUCGAGGUCGCAGGGAUCCUCCUCUCUCGCGCUACAAUCCGCAUGGGAAGCUCUCCAACCAUUCCAACAACGGAGCCGGUCUUCAACCUCCAACCGCCUAUCACCCGCAGGAGAAAAUCAAACCCCACCAAACCCAGAGCAGACUUUGGCGCAUCACCAGAAGCUCAUCUCCACCCUCUCCACACACGCUACACCUAUCCCGCCCCGAACCACUCCCUCCACCAGCACUUCUUACAACUCCAACACGUCCUCCACUAGCUCCUCAACUAGCACCACCCCACUCGAAGACGACAAACGCUUUGGCGCCGUCUCCAUCGAGUGCAUUGACAUGGUCACCCCAAAGCACCCGCCCAAAGGCACCUCGAAGCACGGGUCCUCCACAGAACCAGAGAACCUUGUCGCCGCAGGCAUCGGCACCGACAUUCUAGGCGGCCUCCGUACAAAAGGCCGAUAUAUCCCACUCGAUUACGAGCUUUCCGACAGUGUCUGGGGAAUUGUGCACCUGUACCGCGACUCGCAGGAGACGCCUUACCUCGGAAACGAUGACGAAUACCCCGCCUACCUGAAGGGCUCCUCAGCUGCGGCCCGCCAGCCUGGCGAGCAGCAGGCUACGUUGAGGCAGGGUCUGGCCGGUGCGGCGGGUGCUAAACAAGCCGGGCCGACGGGUCUUGCGGAAUAUCCUUUUCCUGAGAUGAGUUCUUCCUCUGCGCAGAGCCCUGAUGAGGAUUGUACGACAUUAUGUAUCCUCGCUGUGCCAUCUUAUCUGUUGCCGCCAGACUUUUUGGGGUUUAUAGGGCAGAAGACGAUGGAUGAUGUUAGUCAUUUCAGGAUGAUUAGGACUGCUCGUGCGAAUCGAUACAUGGUUUUGAUGAAGUUCCGGAGUGGACGGAAGGCGAGAGAAUGGCAGAAGGAAUGGAAUGGGCAUGUGUUUAAUAGCGUCGAGCCCGAGACCUGCCAUGUGGUUUUUGUGAAGACGGUGGAAAUCCAAGUUGUGGAUCCCGGAACACCAGCUGCUGAGCAUGGCGCCCUCCCCUCUAACCUCUCAACCCCUUCUCGACCCCCGGUAUCCUCUACCGGACAAGCGACUCUUACCGGCAAACCUCUUGCACCACCUACUCCUGCAUUAAUUGAAUUACCAACCUGUCCCGUUUGCCUAGAGCGAAUGGACGAAACCACGGGGCUCCUAACAAUCAACUGUCAACACGUCUUCCACUGCACUUGUCUCCAAAAAUGGAAAGGCAGCGGCUGCCCCGUGUGCCGAUACACACAAGACGACUACCGCAAAAGCAACGCAGCCCUGAAGCCGGACGAAGAACCCCAAGAAUGCAGCAUCUGCCACUCGGAAGAAAACCUCUGGGCUUGUCUAAUCUGUGGCACGAUCGGCUGCGGCCGCUACGAUAACGCCCACGCCUUCGCGCAUUGGAAAGAAACAGCGCACGCCUUCUCCAUGGAUCUCACCACCCAGCGCGUAUGGGACUACGUGGGCGACGCCUACGUUCACCGCAUCAUCCAAAACAAAACAGACGGCAAGCUCCUCGAGCUACCCGCAGCAGACCACAGCGCCCUUGACCCGCCAGAUUGGGGCGACGCCGUCCCCCGCGAGAAACUAGAAAACAUGAGUAUCGAAUACACACAUCUCCUCACCAGCCAGCUUGAAAGCCAGCGCGCAUACUUCGAAGAAGUCGUCGAGCGUGCCGUCGAUAAAGCUUCGCAGGCUAGUGCCGCUGCCGCCGUGGCGGAAGUCAACGCUUCCAGUGCCUCGUCGUGUCUCGAAGAAUUACAAGCUAAGUAUGAUGCCGUGACGAUUGAGACACUACCGUCGCUUGAACAUGAUCGCGCGCGCGCAGAGAAAAAAGCAGAGAAAUUUGAGGCCCUAGCGCGCUCGUUUGAGAAGGGGUUUCAGGAGGAGAAGGCUAUGAAUCGGAAUAUGUUGUUAAAGUUGGAGAAUCUUGCUAAAGAGGUUGAUGGGCUUAAGGUUGCGAAUGCGGAUCUGGCGGAGCAGAAUCGCGAUUUGACGUUCUUUAUCAGUGGCACGCAGAGGUUGCAGGGGCAGGGUGAGGAGGUUGAACAGGGGACUGUUUCUGUGCCUGAGCCUCCGGCUGCUUCGAAGAAGAAGAGGAAGGGGAAGGGGAAGAAGUAG